CUUUUCUCCGCAGUUGUCACGACAUUCGUCGUGCAGUCAUAUCCAGGGUUGCAGCCCGACCCGACCCAAACGUCGACAGAGAUCCUGACACGUAUCUCAAUGCAGCUCUCGAGUCUGACCGUCAAUCAGGGUUUCAUCAACUCGACGAUACCAGCCGCGAAUCUCCAGAAGGUGGAGCAGUUCACGCCCUCGACGUCGUCCGUCGUCGUGAACCUUCUCUGGUUCACGAGCCUCGUCUUUAGCCUGGUAUCGGCCCUCUGCGGGAUCUUCACCCGCCAGUGGUUAAGGCAGUACGCCGGAUGGGAAGUUUCCUCUGCAAGGCAGAGCGUUCGUCUUCGGCAGUUUCGGUACAACGGGCUUCAGCGUUGGGGCGUUCCCCAUAUCAUGACGUUCCUUCCCAUUUUACUUCAGCUUUCCCUCGUGCUGUUCUUCGCAGGACUCAUAGAAAUUCUGUGGAGCCUUCACCGGACGAUCGCC